CCCCCCCCCUCUGACUCUACUGGGGAGGAAGAUCACCCGGGUGUCACCCCAGGCAUGUCCGCCAGCGGGUCCUCCGCCCAGCACCAGGGGGCCGCGACUUCGGCAGCCCCGUCCUCCGGGGCUGGCACAUCUGCCGGCGCGUCUACCGGAGGCCAGCAGGCAUCAGCUGUGACCGGGGCCACGACAAAUGUGGCGGUCGUCCGCGAGCGCCUGUCACAUGCGGCGGCCACCCUGCGCAAGAGCAGCAUCAACGCAGGCAUCGAUGAGGCUGACGCCCAGAGCCUGUCAGUCCUGUUGGACGAUUUGGCCGACAUGUCCAAGCGCCUUGCCGCCUCGCAGCGGGAAUUGGUCAGCGCCGAGCGCCUGAUCUUCAUGCAGGAGUCCACCUUCAUCGAAACGGCCGGCGCCUCGUCCGCGGGGAACUUGCUGAAGGGCUUCGACUCGAUCGCCGGCAUCACGGGCUUCGGCGGGCCGGGCGGGUCGGCUGCCGGCUCCAGUGCUCCGGGUGGUGGACCGGCCCUGCCCUCGGUGGGGACGGAGCGGACCCGCCGUGCGGCGGCCGCUGCCGCCGCCGCCGCCGCCGCCGCCACCGCCGCCGCCUCGGCCACAUCCGGCACGGCCACCCCCGUGACCGCGGUAUCCAGCUCAAGCUCCGCCUCGUUGACGGCCCUCAAUGGGGCGCCGGCCAAUUUCUCCUCAGCGGUGCUGCUCAGCCCGGGCAAUGACCAGGAUCGCCUCUUCUCGCGGUCAUCUGCCUCCUACAGGGCGAGUGUCGGCUUCCCGGACGAUGAAUUGCAGGACUUCUCCGACGAUCUGGAUGAGGACAUUUCCUCCCGUGGCCGGUCCGCUUCGCCGGCCAUCAAUGUGACCAAUAUCCCCCGGCAGGGUGGCAACAACCCUCACAUCAACAAUGACCCGCACAUUGGGUUUACCGGGCGCGGUCGGCCGGCCGCCGGUCCCGGCGCCCACCACUCGCGUGUCGGCGACCCGGCGGCCACUCAGGCCCAGCAGCUGGCCACCGGGUCGACCGGCACCGGCGGCGCCACCCAACAGCAGCCCCCGGCGUCGGCUGGUGCUUCGGCAGCCGGGACUGGUGGCCACCGCGUGCCGCUGGUGACCAUCAAGAAGUCCGGCGGGGUGCACCCGGUCGCCGGGACGAAGGCCGCCUCGGGCGUCAAGAUCGCCUCCGGAGGUGGUGCCGCCCCGCGAGCCUCCGGCGCCGCUGUGCCCAGCCCUCCGGCAUCGGUCAAGGCGGCGGCGGCCAUGCGCGAUCCCACGGCCGGGGCUCGAGCCGGACCGUCGAGCACCAGCCACAAAAAGCGCAAGGUCGACCCGGCAGCCGCCGGCAGCCCGGCCGCCCCCCCGGCGACAGCGGUGGCUACCGGGGCCCCGGUGGCGGUGGCUCCCGGGGCCGGCGCCCUGCCGGUCAAGCGCCGCAAGGGGCUUCUCCCGGACAAGAAACGCAAGGCCCCCCCCGGCGAGGGCGCGGCGCAGGACGCCUCGGCCUCCGGAUCAGCCUGAACAAUGGACCUUGCCCGCUGAUUGGCCC